AUGAGUACCAACAAACUUGGAAUCCUAAGUAGAAUGCCCUGGAAUAGGUAUUCCUUUGUUAAAAAAACAACUUCUAAUGAUGGCAUGGUGCCAAAUGACUUAAAACAAGUUUUGUUUAAAGAUGUCCUUAACUACAGUUCCAGUGAUGUUUUAAAGCUAGUCAGCUUAAUAGGGAAAUGCUCAUGUGACUCUAGCUUAAUAUAUAAAACGGAUUGGAGUAACAUAUACGGAUUAAUUUAUAAAUCCAUUAGUAACUCUACACACAUUUGGAGAUUUAACAGCCUUGUUAAGCUCAUACAAAACGCCUCGUAUUUGUGUGAUAACUUAGUUAGAAAACAUAGGGAUACUUCGUUUUUAAAUGACACAAUCAGGACAGUUACUGAAAGACUAGGUAAAAGUAUAAACCAAGUUGGCGACAAGGAUAUAUCCAAACUCAUUUACUCAUGCUCCAAGGGAGAUUUUUUAGGAAAUUCGCUAAUAUCAAAGUCAUUUUUAUUACUAUUAGAGAAUGAAAUCAUUCAGAGACUAAAUCGUUUUGAAGCAAUAGAUUUACUUAAGAUACUACACUCAACAAAUAGCAUAAGGAAACACAAUGAAACAGUAUUCGAAAAGGAUUUCAUAUCAUGCAUUUGUAAUAAAAUACUGGAAAAGAUAUCAAAGAUCGGAUCAAUAGAUAUAAGUAACCUAAUCUGUUUUCUGCAUAACAAUAACUUGUUGAACAAGCAUAAUAAAGCAACAAUCAACAAUAACAUUAACAAAAGGCUAUAUGGAAUCAAAGACAAAGAUUUAUUGCUGUCAACAUCGCUGAGCUUAGUAAUGUACAAUAUUAUCAAUCUGAAAAAUAUGGAACUAAUAAUAAAACUGUUAAAACUACAUGAAUUACAGGCUGAGGACAUAAUAAUAUGUAAACUAAUGAUAUAUUACCUUAAAUACAACACCAAGGUUUACGAGGAGCUGAGUGGCGCAGAUAAAAGUUACCUAGAUGCAGUCUUAUCUACAUUCGUAAAUGGAAUUUCGUACGGGUUGUUUAACCGUAUGUACAGCCACAUUGGCACGUCUGCCAGUGGCGACAUUUUAAACGUCAAUAGUGAGGUGUGUAGGCUCUUGCGAAUGCUCAACUACCGCUUUAUCCCCUAUUUGCACGGCCCGUACUUGUUAAGUUUCUACGAUCCCUUCAACAGAGUUGCCAUUCUUACCAGCAGCGCCUCUACCGAUGCCACCACUGCCAUCAAUGGAACCUCCAACGAGUGGCUGCGUAGGAACUUAACUUAUUUAAACGAGAACAUGAAACUGCACCUGAGAUCUGAAGGGCUAAAACUCGUCGAACUGCAGUCAGACUUCUUCGCCCUAAGCGUCUAUAGACAGAUCCACCGCCUGAUCUCCUCUAUCAAUGUACUAUACACAUACUGA